GCAACUAUGAAUGAAGAAAAUCUAGAUGUAACGAAUGGAUGCAGCAAAGUUCGAACUGGUACUCAGAAUGAAGCAGCCUUGUUAGCUUUAAUGGAAAAAACUGGUUACAACAUGGUGCAAGAAAAUGGACAAAGGAAAUUUGGUGGGCCACCACCAGGUUGGGAAGGUCCACCUCCACCUAGAGGGUGUGAAGUUUUUGUAGGAAAGAUACCUCGUGAUAUGUAUGAAGAUGAAUUAGUUCCUGUUUUUGAAAGAGCUGGAAAGAUAUAUGAAUUCCGACUUAUGAUGGAGUUUAGUGGUGAAAAUCGAGGAUAUGCUUUUGUGAUGUAUACAACUAAAGAAGAAGCCCAAUUAGCCAUUAGAAUUCUUAAUAAUUAUGAGAUUCGUCCAGGGAAAUUUAUUGGUGUGUGUGUAAGUUUAGAUAAUUGCAGAUUAUUUAUUGGAGCUAUUCCCAAAGAAAAGAAAAAAGAAGAAAUACUGGAUGAAAUGAAGAAAGUUACAGAAGGAGUCGUAGAUGUCAUUGUUUAUCCAAGUGCAACUGAUAAAACCAAAAAUCGUGGUUUCGCAUUUGUAGAGUAUGAGUCCCACAGAGCUGCUGCCAUGGCAAGAAGAAAACUUAUUCCAGGCACAUUCCAGCUUUGGGGCCACACUAUACAGGUAGAUUGGGCAGAUCCAGAGAAAGAAGUUGAUGAAGAAACAAUGCAGAGAGUUAAAGUUUUAUAUGUAAGAAAUUUAAUGAUCUCUACCACAGAGGAAACAAUUAAAGCAGAAUUCAACAAAUUCAAACCAGGUGCUGUUGAAAGGGUGAAGAAACUCAGAGAUUAUGCUUUUGUUCAUUUUUUCAAUCGAGAAGAUGCGGUGGCUGCUAUGUCUGUGAUGAAUGGAAAAUGUAUUGAUGGAGCAAGUAUUGAAGUAACACUGGCUAAACCAGUAAAUAAAGAAAGCACUUGGAGACAGCAUCUCAAUGGUCAAAUUAGCCCAAAUUCUGAAAAUCUCUUGGUGUUUGCUAACAAAGAAGAGGGUCAUCAAAAAACUCUAGGAAAGCCACCAAGUCUUCCAGCUCGUCUCAAUGGUCAGCACAGUCCAAGUCCCCCAGAAAUUGAAAGAUGCACUUACCCAUUUUUCCCUGGAACAAAGCUUACACCAAUAAGUAUGUAUUCUUUAAAAUCUAAUCACUUCAAUUCUGCAGUAAUGCAUUUGGAUUAUUACUGCAACAAAAAUAAUUGGGCACCACCAGAAUAUUAUUUAUAUUCAACAACAAGUCAAGAUGGAAAAGUACUCUUGGUAUAUAAAAUAGUUAUUCCUGCUAUUGCAAAUGGAUCUCAGAGUUACUUCAUGCCAGACAAACUAUGUACAACGCUAGAAGAUGCAAAGGAAUUGGCAGCCCAGUUUACUUUGCUUCAUUUAGACAGGGAACACAAUCUCUUCAGCCUGGACCUGUGUAGGCGAAUUUGGAGAAAAUAAAUUAAGAGGUCCUUUCUGAUGUUGCUUGAGCUUAUUCUCCUGAUGUCGGUCUCAUUCCUGUUGGCUAAACAUUGUCUCAUUGGCCACAUUAAGUUAAUGCUUAUAUAUAUUUUAGGUGCCUCACUUUAUAGUAAUAGGAAAUUAAUACAGUGUAAACCUUAACCUGUGCAUUAAAUGACCUAAUUUGUCCUUUUCUUCCAUUCCUAGAUAACAUCAUACCUUUUGGAAAUAAUACUUUUUAUAGCCUACUUCAGAUCCUUUUAGGCUUAUCCUACACUGAAGAGCAUAGUUGAGUUUUUGGAAAGUUCAGGAUUUACAAAUUUGGUCGUUGAUAUAUAUUAAAUUACAAUUAAUGAUGCAGGAAAAUUACUGGAAAUAAGAUAUGUGUGUUUAUUGUGGAAUGAUAAUUUUGCAAAUAUAAUCGAAUUUUAAACAUUUUGCUUCAACAUUUUUGAUAUUUUUCUAUACUAUAAGUUGAUUAUGGUUGACUGAAGUUUUAUUUUAAGAGGUGAUUAGUUUGAUAUGUUUGUGACAAAUAGUACUACAACUUUAAAUUGGUGAGUUGAGUUGUAUAAAAGGUUUAUAUAGUAGUAUUUUAAACAUGAAAUAUUUGUAGUUACUUUGUAAACAUCAAAUAUUUCAAUAGUCCAGGAAGAUGAAUGGUUCUGCUAGUUAAAUGUUAAUAACCAUAAUUCAUAAAAGAAGUAAAAAUGAAUUGGCCUUUUAAACUUUUUCUCUGAGACUAUACACCUUAGCUUCAGUAUCAAAUCCAAUGCAAAUAAAGCUUCACUAUGGAGCAAGAUAAAUUGGACAUUUUCUUUUCCUAAAUACUAAAAGACACAAAAACUAAUGGCAAAAAAGUCCCCCUCCCCCACAAAAAUCUCUGGAGAAUUGUGUCAAUGAAGGGCAAAUAAUACUAACUGAUAAAAAAAGCUAUCAAGAUUUGCAGUGUUUUGCAGGCUGAAACAAUCUUUACUAAUAACAUCAAGAUUUUGAGUGUUAGAACAUAUUAUGUUAAAAUGUGAUUAGUGUUUCAAUGCUUUGUCUCUUUGAAUUAAAUUUGUAUCCAUAAAGAUAUGCAAAGUAACUGUUCAUGUAUUUAUUUACAGACUACAAUUUCCGUCGCAGCUCAGUAAAUAGUAUUUCCCCUGUUAGUGCUACCCUCUCUUCUGGGACACCCAGCGUGCUUCCUUAUACAUCAA